AAUUAUGCAGUUGGUAUUCAAUUUUCAAUUUCCCUAUGCAUUUAACCCAAUUAUUUCUUGUUCAACAAUGAUGUUUACAAGGCUAACUCCGCAAGUGUGCAGGAUGAACCAAAUUCUGCGUUGUGAUUGACUACCCAAGCGAGAACUUUCCCGUUCUGGAUUAUCCACUAUACCCCUCAAGAGAGUUGUGUCCCGAAUGUCCUACAUCAGACUACUGGUUUUUUCGCGCAUUUAUGGACUUCGAGUUGUUCUCGUAAAUAACCACGCAAAAAUGUUACACUUUGGGUGAUAUCAUAUCAUCCAUUUUAACCUUACGCUUGUUAACAAAUAGCUGUCAGGACCUGUUUACAAGGAGAUAGGGUUACCCUAGCAAGCGGGUUACCCUAGCAUGCGGCUUAACUUAGGACUCACACGUUUCCUCUUUUUACUUCGUCGUGUUUACAAGGCAGCCAGGGUUACCUGGGUAGGCGGGUUACCCUAUCUGCAUGCUAAGGUUACCCUGGCAGACGGGUUAACUUUUUCCCUUGUUAACACUCCAGGUAGGGUUAACCCGCCUACCCGGGUUACUUUUCUACUUGUUUCCAGAUCCUUUGGGUGUAACCGCGCCUUAAGUUGUCCCGGGUACCCGUGAAAUUUUGCUUGUAAACCCGGGCUAUCUUUUGCCCUCCAGCUAGGGUUAGCCCGCUUGCUAGGGUAACCCCCCCCCCCUACUUGUAAACAGGCCCCUAAUUUUUCGUAAAAUACUCCCACGUUUCCAUAGAAACCAUGGAAAACCAGUAAAUAUGAAAUAACAAAGCUGCAUUGAGAAAUACAACCAAACUGUAGCUUAGUGUAUAUUGUUCUAAGUUUUUAGGUAUGUAUUGUGUCAGGGUGACCGUACAGACAAAAUCCGUCUGGGGUCAGUAGGCAUACUAAUUAUUCAAAUGCAAACUUCCAUUGAUAAGUGGCCUCAUUUCGGGUUUGGCGUUUUCAAAUGAAAUCCCUGCUACAUCUUUGCAAAGCAAUCGCAUAAUCAAAAAUGUUCGCCAAUUUUACACCACGAAUUCGGCAGAUCAGGCUAAUAAGAGAGCAGCUAGAAGGAUCAAUAAGUAACCUUAUUGAAACUAGAGAUGAACUUCGCCGUUUCCUCAACGAACAAUGUGCUACCGCAAGCGAAUGGCAAGACUUCGAGAGGGCCUCCGCCCGAGUAGACCAGCUGAAUGUGUCUGCAAUUCAGCUAACAGAGCGAGCGAACAGCAAACUACAAAUCGCUUUUGUUGGCUCCGUUGGUGCUGGAAAAUCGACAUUGAUAAACGCGUUACUGGGAGAGGACAUCAUGCCUGUGACUAGAGCGGAAACCACAUUUUGUCUCGUGGCAGUGACUGGGUCGUCUAGCAAUCAAUGGACAGCAGUUGAAAGAAGCACUGGAAGAGCUUUAGAGAUCACCGAGUUCCGACAACUUCUUCACGUUCUUAAAGCCAGAGCACAGAGAGAAAGACUCGGCAUUACUCCUUCCAGCAUAAUUGAAGUGAACUGGCCUUCGUCACGAUGCAAGGCUCUGGUUGAAAGCGUUGUCUUGUACGAUACUCCGGGUAUAGGAGAACGGAAGGCUACGGAUGACGCAGUGAUUGAGCUCUGCAAAUUUGUAGACGUGAUUGUGGCCGUCAUGGAUAUUCACAGUCCAACUCUAAGAACCGUUGUUGAUUUCGUGAAGGCCGUGAACUGUAGAUACACUCUUGGCGUGUUCACCAAGUGGGACGUGUUCAAAGGAAACAAUUUUGCCGAAGAGUAUGGCGAUACCACUGCAGAGGACAUCAAGGCACGCUGUUCUGCAGAAUUCAUGAGCGCUGUCUCGGACAGAGGCAGAGUUUUCUUUAUUGAUUCUCAGACCCAAAGGGACGCAAGGAAUCAACCUGUCAUUAAGAACGAAACAUCGUCCACCACUCCAGAAACUGCAGAAACGGAAGGUUUUCAAGGCUUCAAGGAAUUCGAAGGCAACUUGGUGGAAGCUUCCAAAGGAGCCUUGAAAUUUGACACGCUAAAGUACGACCUGGAAAAGUUCACAGCAGAAGCAAAGGCCUUGUCAGGAAAUCUGAGCAAAAUCAUGGAAAAUCGAAAGCAGCUGAGAAUACAGAGGCUAUCUAAACGUAUGAACAAGGUCAAUGAUGUUGAAAACAACAUCAACUCACACCUUUCUCAAAUAUCAAACAGUCUUCUCGACGUAAUGAGACGUCUCCAGCGAGACCAGCACCUGGCCACAUUUAAGAGGCAGAUCGAGCAAGACCUGAGAAAUGGAGUUUCCAGGGAAAGCGCUCUCGACCGAUGCCGCGACGGUCUCAAUCAGAGAUUACAAGUAAUGGUGGAAAAGGACAAAGAUCUCAAGAAACACUUAGAUGCCAUCUGGAAAUGUUUGUCUCAAGUAGCUGACGGGCCUGGUAGACUGUCUCUUCAAGUGAAGCAACCAACAUGGAAAAAUGAAGAUUUUCAGCUGGACGAGACCUUCGAUUACAGAGGCAAUGAUAUCCGCUCUUGCUUAGUGAAUCCAAGUUUACCAGCCAGAAUGCUAUGCUACGGUUUAUUUGGAGCAUCGGUAAUUGGCCCUGCAGGAGGUUUACCCUUNGCAAUUGGUGGCCCAGUAUUGAACAGUUUGGUACCGUCGACUGAUUUGUGUGAGUGGUUGAGGUACAUUUGGCCCACGAGUGACGCUGAAGUUAAUGCAGUUCAGGAGUUCUUUGUCGCCAAAGUCAAGGGAUUGCAUGAGGAAAAAUGCGAAGAAGUGGCAGUUGAUGGACUAAGCGAUUUGAAAGAAACAGCUGAGGUUAGAAUUCGUGGUGUAAAGCGUUCCCUGGAAGAUGACAUCAAAUUUGUUCAAGACGGGGAUAACUUUCUAAACAAAAGAAGAAGGAUAAUAGACCGUCUUCAAAAUUCGUUCGAGGCAUUUGAGAUGAAAGCUCAUGACAUUUGACGUUAUCUGUAACCAGCGGAUUUACAACCCUAACUCUUUUAUUUAUUUCUAACUCUUUUAUUUUUUGCUUUGUGGGCACGUAAAGGCGUUAAUGUAAUGAUUGUUUCUGCGUUCAUCACCCUAACUCUUUUAUUUCGACAUGCGGGUUCAAACAAAUUUCUUUUUUUUAUUACAUAUAGUUGUUAAGCAAAGAUAGCCCUUAGCUUAGAGUUAGCACCAGGCUAACUACUGAAAACAUAAUAAUUCCAAGGUGUCUUGUAAUGAUAAAAAUCCAAAAGGAUUUCCAUCUUCCACUUUUUGAAACAGUAUAUUGAGUAAUGGUCGCUAUGUAGCCUGCGUAGUCGCCGUUUCCUUCCUAAGCGCGCAAGAGGUGAACGAAAAGCUUUGUGGGCACGUAAAGGCGUUAAUGUAAUGAUUGUUUCUGCGUUAUUUCCCAGACACAAAAUUAGCUGAAGGAAAUACUUUGACGAAUGUGUUACUGACAUUUUCUGUCUUUUUAAUUAGUUCACCAAAUUAACGUCUUUUACAAUGGCUUUAGUACGGGGCACUUUCACUUCUUACAAGGUAUUGAGGGAAUACAAAAAUUACAGUAGUAGACUUAUUUCUUUGCUUUGUACUUGCUACACGCGAGAGACAUGCCUCUGCCAUGUUUAGGCUAACGUAUAAAAAAUACACUAAGUAAACGCGAGCGGUCUGGGGAGGGAAAAAAAUGGCACACACUUCGGGCGCCUAUUUUUUUUAUUUUUUCAUAUUGGGAUCACGACCAAAGGCUUAUUUGGUUUUCGGCAAAUCAAAAUAAAACCAAGUCGCUCCAAUAGGGAUUUUGAUGUUGGGGAUAUCGUGACCUUGUCUAACACGAAAUGUUGUUGUGUGGUAUCAUAACUGCUUUGUGUUUCAAGAGAAGUAGUUUAAAAUUUUAAACGAUUUCGUGAUUUACAAGAUUCAGCUGCACCUCCCGAAAGUGACCACCCAUGAUGGUGAACCAAGGAGGUCUCUUCUGGGAGGUGGACGGUUAAAUAGGUACACGACCACACAUGAGUACUCAAUUCAAGUACUCAUGGGGGAUCGAUAAACAACAGACAACAACUACAAGGAAUGCAAGAAGUAAGGCGUUUCAGGCAAUGCAGCCUUCCUAAUUAGGAACUGGGAGCUCACGACACUGUUGACUUUCGAUCAACGACACGACCUACUGUUCGAUACUGUACUAAUUGAAAUUAAAGGCGCGACGCUCACUUUCAUGAACUGUAACUCUUUGGCAGUCAAUUGUAAGGUACUACAGAGCUGCAUCGGUAGUUUUGUUGCAUACAUGUAGAUGGGCUCCGAUAUGCUGCCAGUUGCAAGAGGUUACACAUGCAGUACCCAGUUCGCAAAGAGAAAUCACUUUAUUUGGUCGCUCUUGGUUUUGAUACCAUUUCUCUUUCUUAAAUAUAAUUUCGGUUUUAGUUUCUUAUGCAAAAGACCUUUGGGUCGUGGAAAUGAUUGUCGAAAGCCCAAAAAGACAUCUGCAUGGACGCGUCAACUGAUUGAUAAUCACCCUUCUAAUUUGUAAUCACCUAAGAACAAAGUGCCAUCCGAAUUAAGAACAAGACCACCUAGGAGAUGUUUAAAGCUCUUAAAGUUUCCAAUAGCUUGGAAAACGAAACCGCCGACACUAAAGAAAUGAUCAUCUUGAAAUAUGUGUAAUCCUAAACUUCUGAGUUUAAUCUUUUUGACACAGACAAUUCAGUUUAGCACACUUGGAAUUUUUAUACAGACUGUGCGCAAGAAAUGGGUCUAAACAUCAGAAUGAUCCCUGGGCAUGCGCACAUCACGAUGAGCACGGAAAUCCUGGAGUCACUUCAGUUUUAGUGGAUUCACUCUACGAAAAAUGCUGCUCUGUUAAAAUAUUCCACGAAAAAAGCGGCUAGUUCUCUCGCGCUACGGUGGUUCACUUGCCUCUAUAGAACUUCAAGUUCAUGUUAAGUCAAGUCUAUCCCGUGUUUGUUUUAUUUUUAUUUUUUUUCAACAUUGAUCAGAUUUAUCUCCGCACAGUUGAGAGUAAAUAACUUUAUUUAGUCUUCAAUAUGUCGAUCUUGUAAAGUUAAUAUAUGUACGAGUCCAUAUUUUGUUCUCCAGUUUUUAUCGGUUUUCAAUGGCGUGUGAUGUGACUUGUGAAAAAAAA